ACCAAAAAAAAUCGUUUUACUUCACCCUCAGGAUCGCGUCUGUGGUCAGCUCAACAAAAUGGGCCUCAAGUAGGAUACUUUUCUAAAGAAGUAUUAAGGAACUGGAUCUGGUACUUUUAUGGUCAAUUCUGGAUUACUUUUGGUCUCAUACUUAACACUUCGCUAUGUGGGGCAGAGUAAUUUCAGACCACAAGAAUGGUUUUAUGAUCUGCAGCAGACAAACAGGUCCUGAUGUUCCACAUACAGGAUGGGUUCCAGGUUAUGAGGCAGUGUGGCCAGCCCCCACACUUUUGACCAGUGGUCGGAACAACACCAGCAGAAGAUUCAGCGCUACCUCCGAUAGUGGAGACACUGGAAUAGGCACUUCAAGUUCAGAUAGCAUUGAAGAGCACUCAAGUGGAAUCUCAUCCUUCAAACCAAUCCGAUCACACGUUGCCAUCCCUACGGCCCAUGUCAUGCCUUCUACCUCUAAUCCCUCGUUAACCAGACCCAGGGAACAGGAUGGAGCUACCUGUACUAAAGGAAAUCUUUCCCAAGUGUUGCCUGGCAAGCCUAAAAAUGUUUUUACACUGAACCCUUCCUUAGACAUGAAGGACCCCCGACCCAUCAGGAAAUGGUCAUCCCUCUCCAAACUCAGUGGAAUAGGGAAAGUAAGUCCUGACUGCGAGGUUACUGGCAAUGGGAAAUCUGUAAGCAAUGUGGCUGCCAUGUCAAAUUGCAAUGUAAAGCCCUGUACAUAUGAGGAAACUGAACUGGACAACUUUACAUAUCGCAACACAGAAUGUUUGAAAACUCAAGAAACAAAGAGUUGGAAUACAUCUACCAAAGAGUCCCCCAGGAACCAGCGUUCAAUUUCUGAUGGGCAGUACAAAUUUGAGAGUUUUUAUAAUGCUGCAGGUGACUCCUCUUUGUCAUCAUCCACACCCAGCAAAAAACUCUCAGAUUUAGCAUUCAGUGCCUUGUCUGCAGCCAAAGCAACCCCAGAUGACAUGGAGACUUAUGGACAAAGACAUGGUUUUAUGUCUUUGGAACACCAGCCUGUUUGUGGGACAAUGACAACUCCUUCUCUGAGGACUCAGCUGUGGCUUAGUGACCAGAUGCAGGCCACUACUCUUGGCCUUAGCCCCACAGAAGGAUCUUGUGCAUUUCCUGGUUGGCAGCACAAACAGCAGCAGGGGCAGCUGAGGCAAGAAGCUGAUCAGAUGCAGAUACACAAUAAGUCACCAUUGCAGGUUUCAAUGGUCUACCCCACCCAGUUAAACCAGGACCCAUGUCAAAAGGAUGCACAGUUAAAGAUAAAGGAGAGUUUACUCAGAAAAAAGGACAUAAUUAUUGAACGCCAGGAGCAGCAAAUCUUCCAACUUCAACGAAAAAUACAAGAAAAUGAAUUACGAGCACAAAAAGCACUUUUGGAGCAGGUCGACCCUGUACUCAUGCUGAAAACACAGCAGCAUCAGUCUCCUUGUGAGAACGUGAGACACAAGCAAUUUACAGAAAUGUCCAAAGUGGUUGACUGUGGAAAAAAAGAUCUACAGCAAAGAUUGUCAGCAGCUGAGCUUGAAAUUGUACGUCUCAAAGAAAGUCUCAAGAAAAACGCACAAAAGUACAUGGAAGAUACAAAGAAAAUUGAAGAGAAGAUGAAAGCACGAGAGAAAUAUAUCAACACUCUGAAAAAGAAGCUGCAAAAGGAAUCCGAGCAAAGUCAUGAGCGGCAACAGAGAAUUGAAACCCUGGAGAAAUAUCUUGCAGACCUGCCCACCCUGGAUGACUUUCAGAGCCAGAGCCAGCAGCUUACAAUCCUGGAAGAGAAAAAUGAACAAUUUCAGAGCGCCUUCAAAGAUUUUGAGAAAAAGCUGGGAGAAAAUAGAGUCCUUUGCAGAGAGAAGGAAGUACUUCUGGAAAAUCUAAAAAAAAGAGAGAAGGAGUUGGUCACUACUGUGCAAAGCCUACAGCAGAAGGUAGAGAAGUGCCUAGAAGAUGGAGUUCGGCUUCCCAUGCUGGACAUGAAGCAGCUCCAGACUGAGAAUGAGUACCUCAGGGAAAAGUGUGAACAUGCCAGCAAGGUGAUUGACAAUCAAGAACAGCAAAUAGAAAAGUGUAACCUGGAAAAAAAGGCUUUAGAGGAAAGGUUGACACAAGAAAAGUUUGCCUCACAGAUGUUCCGGAAGGAGCUUGGAGAGACACAGAGGAAUCUGCAGCUGUUGAAGGAACUCAUGGAAGAUUUUUCAUCAAAGAACCAAAGAAUUGCAGAAGAAAAUGCAAAUUUAGAGGAACGAUCACAGGAAACUGAGAAGCCCAAGCACUCCUCAGCUGAAGAGGCAACAGACAUCCAAAAGCUGCUGAAAGAAAUGUCCAAUUGCCUGCGUGAUCUGCGUGCACUGUGCAAUAUUCUUACUCAGAGAGCACAGGGCAAAGAGCCAAACCUCUCGCUGUUACUUGGGAUACAAUCUUUGCAAUCUUCAGGUGACGAAGUUGAGAAUUACCAGAGUGACGAAUUUCUUUCAAAGAAGCUAACCGAGGUCUAUCGAUUACGGAAAGAUAUUGAUGAAUUACGGACCAUAAUAUCUGACCGAUAUGCUCAGGAUAUGGGUGACAAUUGUAUUACUCAGUGACAAUGUGUUUAUCUUACAGCACUUUUAUCCUGUGCACUUCCAUUAAAGAGCCAUAAAGCAACGUUGCAACUAACUUCUGAAAGAAUGAGCCAAGAAUGAAGCUUUGUUGAAAGAUGCUGUUAUGAAAUGUAUGAAUAUUUACUCCCAGUUCUGAACCCCACACCCCAACUUAAAACUACUGAAGGUGAAAAUCAGAUUCCAACAAAUUUGAUUUAAAUUAAAGCUAUUUUAUUUGAUUAAGAGACUAUUUGAAUUUAGUGAUACAACUCAAUGUAUUUGAGUUGGUUAUGUGGCAUUGUUAUGAUUGGCAAAUUUUACUCUGGAUUUAAAUUUCAGAGAGAUUGAACUUUCAAGGGCUUUAGAUGCCAAGCAGGCACAGAACACAACUGAUCAGAAAGCUGUGACUUAAUCCCCAUUUGUACUGAAUUAACCAGUAGAAGACAGAAGCUUUACAAUUUACUAAGAUAAUGAGAAUUGAAUAGAGCUUAUGCGCAGCUUUUAGACUUGGUUAUGAUGUUCGAUUUUGCUUCACCAUGGGUGAUUAGCUGUUAAUAUUCAAUGUCUACCUUGUACAUUGAAAAGUACCCAGUUAGAGAGGUACCAGAGAUGUGCAGGUGCUUCAGUACUGUCCUGUAAAAUAAGACAUCCUUCUUGCAAGGAGGGGUGAAACACUGGAAAAUUGUUUUGUUUGGAGUGUGAAAGAUAUCUAUUUGAAUGAUUCUUAAAUUGUACAGUUAAUGUGAAGACAGACUGUGAAUAUAGUCUGUUUAUUGCUGGGAAAAAAAAUCUUCCAAACCACAGCUAAACCUAGGUUUUAAUGGAUAAUGCUCAAGUAUAAGUACAUCUCCAAACUCUGCUUACGUUUACCAGCAUGAACAUUAGCCUUGGAAGAUCACUCACUUUUUCAUAAAUCCCUCACUGUCAGAACUGAAUAAUUGAUGUGUUCUGAAGUCUGAACGUACUGAGCUGGUAUGGUCAGCUCAGAGAAGGAAAAUAUAUAUUAAAAAUAUCAGAAACAAUUCACAGUUCAUUGUGACCUACUAUAUAUGGCUGUUUGUAUUCUGUCUGCAAUUGCUACAGCUAAUAAUCGACUGAAAAAAAUUGUUGGGAGUAAUGAAGAUUAAUCUAUACCUAACAAAGGUUCUAAACACAAAUGGACACAAUGAUUAGUUUAGGAUUAGAAUUAACAUAACCAAUUAAAAUUGCAUCAGGCCUAGAGCAAAGAUAGUUACUCCAUAGCAUCCUCUAACUAGAAGAAGAAGAAAAAAAAAACUUUUGAAUAGAUUAGAUUCCUAGUGAGAAAAUUCAAAGUUUUAUUUUCUUGUCCCAUAAUUGUUAAAUUCUAAACAGUAUAGAUCUGCAUUUGAUGUCACGUGGGAAGUUAAUUCUAACUCAGUUACAUUAAUUGGGUUUUGCUGACAAAUUUAAUGUUGAUGUAGAGACAGAUAUAUUAUAAAAAUCAGUUCUAGGUAGGUAAGCGUAUUGAUUCAAAAUUUCAAACCACUACAGUGCAUUACAAAACUAACACUGGAACAGUCAUUCUGUAUUUUAUAAAAUGUGAAAAGCAGGAAAAUAUUUGCAAAAUCUCUAUACUACUUCAUGGGCUAUACAAUGAGAAGGCAGAGUGUUAGUUAUCAAUGCUUACUGUAGAAAGUACUUGAAAGCAGCCCAGGGAUACGAUCUGAUUUUCUAAUCUUUUAAUGGAAAGGCACAGGCAUCCAGUAAGUUUCUCCCACAGCAUCAUUGAAGAGGAAAGGGAGAUCAGCAUAUUGGAAAAAAUUAUGGUAUAGUUUUUGGCACAUCAAUAAUCUGCAGCACUGUGUGCCAUUGCAAAUGGAAAUUGAUUAUGCCUAUGGCUACGGAGUAAAUAAUUAAUUGGUUCUUCCCAAAUCGCUACUGCAAAGCUUUUUUAUUUAGUAUAGAAAAUUGGAUUUUUAGAUUUUUUUCUUUUUAAAACAAUAACCACACAUGAAAAUCAUUCCAGAAUGCGAUGACUUGCACAGUAAAGUAAGCUGAGUGAUGGAGAUAAAUAUAAUUAUUAUGAAAAAAAUCUACCAAAGGUUUUCUGGAAUACAAGUCAUAUAAAAGCUUUGGGUGUUUUAAUUUUACAGUGUUGAUUACAUUUGGUAGGAAGCCAUUGACAUUUGCUGCAUUGGAAUUCAUACAGUAUAUUGUGGUAAACUAAAUGUAUGUGAAAUAACUGAAAAAUACUGUUCCUGUGUAAUGGUAGUGUAUUAUUUCUGAUACCUGAAUAAUGCCUUUCCACUCAUCUCCCCACAUAGUACAUGCUGGCACUUGAUUACGAACUGAGAUAGAAAAUUUACAUAUUUAAGGGGGAAAAAAAGUCUUAUUUUGACCCGGGGGUUGAUUCCAAUCGUCACAAUAUGUAGUUCAGUUCUACAGUGGUCUCUUUCCCCCUCCGGUAACGUAAACUCCAGAAGCCAUCCUUCUGUGUCUAUUCUGCUUCCCAAUGUAUUCUUUCUGAUUACCCUUCCCAGAAUUUCCACUGUACACCUGCACUCUUCUCAAUGCUACAGCAUUAUCAUUCAGGCCUUUUUCAUCACUUUUCAUUAUUAUAUAUUUUUGUUCUAUUCUUGGAGGCUGUCAACAAGCCUACGAUUAUACAAUAUGAGAAAGCUGUCUUUCAUAAACAGGUUUCUCAUUUUGUAACACUUAAUAUUAAAGAAAUCUGAACUACACAAUUUCCAAUAGACCAUUUUAACUCCAUGUAGAAAUACUAUUACUUAUCCUAUUGCUGCUUUCCUGAAAAUGUAAAGCAAUUGUUUUUCCAAACUGCACAUUUUAAAAACAGAAAAGAUGAAAUAGCUAAUGCAAUCCUUUACUCUUCACAACAUAAUCAUUGGCUGAGCCCCUCCACUGCCCUGAUAUGGUAUUUUCUCAGUUUUCUCACUAUUCUUGGAGUACAAUGAUUCACACUGGAUACCAGCAGUUUCUUGCUGCUGAACUCAUGUUACCUCACGUUGAGAAAUUUCCCCACACCACCCCCUCAACCUCAUCCUCUUCACUGCCUCCUGCAGGGAUGUUAAAUGAAGUGAUAAGGGUUUAGGCUUGAUUUCUCUCUUCCUGGCCUAACCAUCUCAAAGGCCAAUGGCAGGGAUUCUCUUUUGCCCUGAAUGUUAACUAUAGCUCAGGUAAGGGAUAAUCCAUAAACAUUCUUUAUAUACAAUACUACACCAAGCAGUCUAUUCACCCACAAGAGCCAAAGGAUGGCCUGGUAUACAAGUUUUUAAGCACUUGUGUUAGUCAAUAGGAUUUUAGGACAUAGCAAUUCAUUGAUAUUUUUAUAGUCAAAAUCUUUUGCAUGCUCUAAUUAGCUGGUGUUAAACCCUGGCACCCUACUCAUAUUCCCCCACAACUGCACCAUUGGCCAAGUUUAUCAUUGUUGACAGAGAGGAGAAAAUUAAUUGGGGUGGGGUGGGGGGCGGGGGGGAAGAUGAAAGAUUUGCAACACACACGAGAGUAGAUUGAGCUAACUUUACCUCAGAUUGUAACAGUCUCUCACCCAUUUCCUUUGUGCAUUAUACCCAGCCUACCUUCUAAAUUUGGAUUUCCUUCACUAUGUUCCUCGCCUUCUGGCUCAGACCCAUUCCCCAUGAUUUGAGCAACCCAACCUCAUCUGUCACUACCAGCCCUUGUCUCCUUGAGCCUGAUCAUCUGUCCAUAAGCAAUCUACUGAUGGAUGCACCAAGUGUCCAUUAUAAGCAGAUCAAGAGCCUAGUGUGUUGUAUGUACUAUUGUGUAACCGGUUACGCUUUCCAAACUCAAAAUCCAAUUCUAACCAUAAACUAUGCACCUCAUCACAUGCGAGCUGUGGUGACUGACUGAAAUAGGUAUCAUGAUUUUCCACUUGCUUUUAAUUUAUAAGAAAAGGGAAGAAUUUCAGUCAUAGGGCCUUAUACAAAGAUAUGGUAUGAUAACAGAAAAUUGCUAACUAGCACUUUGAAAAAAGGAUAUAUUUUGCUGUUUCUACUGUUUUUAAAACAUGUUUACAGCUGGGUAUUUUAAUGCCAAAGUUCUAUUUAUAUUACACUUUGUAAAUAUUAUAACAGCUAUUUUUUCACUGUUUUUAUAU